CUGGAGGAGCGGAUCCAGGAGGAGUGCCGGUUCCUCACGGAUGCGUUCAGGGAUGAGCAGGGAAAUCCUUUCAAUCCUCACCUUAAAAUCAACAGUGCUGUUUCAAACGUUAUCUGCUCCAUCACCUUCGGCAAUCGGUUUGAAUACCAUGAUGAGGACUUCCAAAACUUGCUGCGGCUGAUGGAUGAGACUGUUACCCUCCAUGGGAAGAUAAUGAGCCAGCUGUACAAUGCUUUCCCCUCCAUAAUAAAGUACUUCCCAGGAUCUCACCAAACCAUUUUUGAAAACUGGAGACUCAUGAAAGGUUUUGUGAAAGAGAAGAUCAGCAAACAUAAGGAAGACCUGAACCCCUCAGAGAGCCGAGACUUCAUCGACAGCUACCUGCAGGAGAUGGCCAAGCCCAAUGGCAGUGAUUUCUGCGAGGAUAACCUGGUUGCAUGCACUCUCGACCUGUUUUUUGCUGGGACUGAGACCACCUCCACAACCAUCCGCUGGGCCCUGCUGUUUAUGGCCAUAUAUCCAGAGAUUCAAGCCCGUGUGCAAGCAGAGAUUGAUGCUGUCAUUGGGCAGACACGGCAGCCAGCCUUGGAGGACAGGGACAAGAUGCCCUACACCAAUGCCGUCAUCCAUGAAGUGCAGAGGAAAGGCAACAUCAUCCCUUUCAGUUUGCCUAGAGAGGCAAUGAAGGACACAGUCCUGGCUGGUUUCCACCUGCCCAAGGGCACUAUUGUAGUCCCAAACCUAUCCUCCGUGAUGCUUGACAAGAAGGACUGGGAAACCCCUCACAGCUUUAAUCCUGAGCAUUUCCUGAAAGACGGUCAGUUCUGGAAGAGGGAGGCUUUUAUGCCAUUUUCUAUAGGUAAGAUCAGCUGCAGUUUGAUGCUUCUGUGCGGAAGCACUGGGAUGGGGCUCCUAGCUGCACAAUGAAGACCCUGAGCAAACUAGUGAUGGUAACAGCAGGCAGUGGCUGCACCCAUGGGAGGUGCUGCUAUCCUACUGCCCAUAAUGGUGCAAACUAAACCCUUCCUUAGCAGUAACCAUGCAGCCACCUCAAAGCACCACUCCCAUCUCUUAGCCCCUUAUUCACAAACACAGGAAAAAAUGCUGGAGACCCCAACAGUGCAUUCAGCAAGGUGAGAGCAGUGCUCUGUGCUCCCAGUCCCACACAGCUGAGUUCAAUGGGCCUUGCCACCACCACCACAGGGUGCCCUGUCCUGGUCAGCAGC